AUGACCAUGUCGCCCAAGAACUUUGAACUGGUCCUGGCCAAGGUCCCUAACUUUCCGUACUGGCCUGCGCUCGUCCACAAGGAGGACAGGUCCAAGCACGCUGGCUCGGGCGAGAUCACGGUCACCUUUGUUGAUCGUAAGGACAUGUACGAACGGUACAAGGUCGCGCAGGAUUCGAUCAGAGCUCUGACAAAAGCCGAAGUCACAACCUUCCUCCGUACAUUCCGCUCAAAGAGCGGCACGCGCAAGCCCGAUGACGACGAUGUGUGCGACGCCUCUGUCAAAGGCAUCAAGGUGCCCAAGUCCAGGCCCCCCUCCCGCCGGCACAAGGCUCGCCUGCUCGACGCGUAUGAGUCUGCCCUGCUGUGGCUCAAUGGCACGCCCCCGUCGGACCUGAUCGACGCUCUCAUUCGCAGCGAUUCGCUUGGCCUCGCCGCAUCAGGCAAGGCGGCCGCAGGCUCGGCAUCCGACUCGUCGUCCACAUUAUCCUCACUCAACUCCUCGGUGUCGUCAAGCGACUUUGAUACCUCGUCUUCUCCCGUCCGCCGCCCGGGCCGUGGCGCAAGACAGGCCACCAAGACGACCAAGAGCAAGAGCAGCCAGGGCAAGAAGGCCAAGACGAAGAACCGCGCCACGAAGCCUGCCAAGACGGACAAGGACAUCGUCGCCGAAAUGGAGGCCGUCCUCAAGAGCGACGGCGAUCCCGACGUCUCCUACAUCGGCGACGACCUCGAGCCGCUCUCCGAAUCCUCACACUUGCCCGACGCCCUCAAAACCACUUACGCCGCGCUGGACUCACUCAAUCAGCCCUCCAAGCCUGACCUCCUCUCCACUCGCGGGACAUACUCCGAGGAGCAGUGGAUCGAGGUCAUCGACCGCCACGCCACCGCCCUUAACGAGCUGGUCGCCGGCGUGCGUCAGACUCAGCGCUCACGCAACCUGCACUAUGGCUCCCGGCUUGGUUAUUGGUCCGCGGCCAGCGAUGACUGGGGUGACGUCUCCGCUGAGGAACGGGAUGUCCUCGCCGUCAUUUUUGACAAGCGCUUCCCCGACAUCAACGACGACAACAUCAUUCGCCACGUCCUCCCGCACUACACCGUGGUCCUCGCCCUCUGCGACGCCUACCCGGACAUUGUUGCUGCCGAGUCGGACUCUGACCCCACCGACCCGGACGCCGAACCGGCCUGGCUCCUUUCAUCCCGCUGGACGACAGACCCGGCCGAACUGGCAUCGCCGCCUGCCAAGACGGCCAAUACCAAGACCAAGACUAAGACCAAGACCAAGACAAAGGGCGGAGCCAAGGGCGGGGCCAAGGCCAAGGCCAGCAAACGUGCCGCGUCACCCGCAGAGCCUCGCCGCCGCAGCCAGCGGCACAGGAACCUGUCCUAG